UUGACACGUGGGAUUAUUUUGACUGGAUCCCAGCGUGAUAAAUUAUUUUAAUAAUUUAAUAUUUUCUUUGAUUUUGCACUUUGCAGUAAAACGCACAGAGCACGCACGUAGAAAUAUUUCAAAUGAUUCCUUAUUGUAAUAAUUAUAAUAUUUUUUUCAAUAAGUUAUGGAGUUUUCAAACUUAAAUGUUAGUCUAACCUCGGCAGCGGUUUUAUUGGGAUGUGCUGGUCUAACUUACUGGUUUUAUUACAAAAACAAGCUCCGCGAUGCAUCUAAUGCCUUCAAGUACUUGACUAUCAAAGUUGUGACUAAUGAAACAUUGUGCAAUGAAGUAAUACUUGAAUUAAAGAGGAGAUGCCAGUCUCAUCAUGCCAUAGGUUUUGACUGUGAGUGGGUGACAGAGCAUGGCAAGAGAAAUCCUGUGGCGCUGCUGCAACUCUCUUCGUUUGACGGAUACUGUGGUUUAAUACGUCUAAAUCAAUUAAAAUAUGUACCUGAGUCAUUGAAGGAACUUUUAGAAGACAAGACUAUUUACAAAGUGGGCUUGGCCCCUAGUGACGAUGCACGGUACCUCCACCAAGACUACGGCGUUGUAACAGAAGGCACUCUGGACUUAAGGCACAUAGCCCACUUGGUUGGGCACAAGGUCGGUGGGCUCGGGGCCUUAUCCCAGUCCUUACUGGGCGUUGUCUUGGACAAAAGUUGGAGGAUUAGAUGCAGUGACUGGGAGGCCGAGGAUCUCUCCACGAGGCAGGUCCGAUACGCGUCGGCCGACGCGCACGUCGCUAUCAAGAUGUUCGUCCGCCUCGUCAACGAUCUGAAUAAAAACAACCGUUGGUUGUCAACGAAGAGGAACGGAGAGAUUUGGGACAACCUCGACAAGUUCUGCUGGCAGUACUGCGAUAUACGUUUUAAGACGAAUAAGAUGGACAGACAAGGGAAAAAUGACUCUAACAAAGUAAAGCAGUUGAAGAAGAAAGAUAAAGAGUUGGUUUCGAGCAAGCGGUACCCGCACGCGGUGCGCUCCCGGCCGCUCUACCAUAAUUGCUUCCUGCAGGCGCCCGAUGGCGACCUACUGUGCACUUGUGACGACAGAAAAGCUAUGUGGUACGUCGAGAAACAGAUAGCAGACGUGGUUAAAGACGACCCAUUAACCGUCCGCCUUCGCUUCGAACCAUCUGGACGGGCUAACGGCAGCGUGGGCGCAUACUACAAGCUCACUAAAGAAAAUAAAUGUGUCGUCUGUGGCGCUGGUAACAUCUACAUUCGGAAGAACGUCGUGCCUAGAGAGUAUAGGAAAUAUUUCCCUGAAGUGAUGAAAGAACACUCCUCCCACGAUGUGGUCCCGUUAUGCGUGCCUUGCCACCAGCGAAGCAACAUCAGCGACCAGGCCGUGCGUGAGCGGUUAGCAGACAAGUGUAGCGCGCCGCUUGACGUCAAGCGGUCCGCCAAGUACGCAGAGGAUGUUACCUGCAAGUGCAACAUCAGCGACCAGGCCGUGCGCGAGCGGUUAGCAGACAAAUGUAGCGCGCCGCUUGACGUCAAGCGGUCCGCCAAGUACGCAGAGGAUGUUACCUGCAAAAAAAUAAGAUCAGCCGCCCGCGCGUUACUUCUCCAGUCCAAGAAACACGUGUUACCGGAAGAGAGACGCAAGAAAUUAGAGGCGGUGUUGCUAGAUCACUACAAGGAGCAUGCAAAAAUCACGGAGGAACUGCUUGCGGAGGCUUCGGAGAUCCAAGUUAUGUUCGAAAACUCCGAUUACGAGAGCCACGGGCAGAAGGUGGUGGAAUAUUUCGUGGCGCACGGAGGGCUCUUGCAGCUGGAACAGAUGUGGCGCGAGCACUUCCUGCAGACCAUGCGGCCGCAGCACAUGCCCGAGCUGUGGUCCGUCAGGCACAACGAGGAAAGAUUGCGUAUAAGGCUUAGCGAAGGGCGACUACCUAAAGAAGAUAUGAAAUUGAUCGGAAUCACAGGCUGGCUGACGUGAUUUGAUUUAUUAAUAUUAUUUGUGUAUUUAUUAAAUAAAUAGUUAUGUCUUUAUGAACAAUUCGAAUGAAAUGAAAAACUUUUACAUUAUGAUCAGCAAAAAAUAUGAAAAGUAAUAUUUUAUUUUUCAACAUGACUGUUUAACUGCAUUUUGUGAUCAAGACUGUAUCAAUGAAAACUAUUUUUUUACUGUCUAGAACGAUACGUAUUUUAAUUUUUAAAGGGUAAAACUCGCUUAAGCAAAGUGUAAAUGUAAAUCUCAUGUCUUGUUAAUAAUUAUUGUACAUAUCUAAAAUAGAACUAGUGGCCUGUGUUGACUGUAAUAUUCUUUGACUAAAUAAAAUAUUAGUUUACAUCUCAA